GUCAUUGGGGAUUUAGGCAUUUAGGGAUUCUUUUCUUCUUUGUUUCUCUGAGAAGUGAGAACCAAUUGAGAACUUCUUGAGCAUUUAGGGAUUCGGCUGUUGUUUUGUCAGCAGCUUAAUUUUUCUUUCCUUUGCUUUGCUAGUUGCUCUGAGAGUCUGAGGCAAGCAAUUGGAAGUUCGAAGUUCGAAGUUCAAGCUUCGAAGUGGAACUCCAGAAUUCUUCCAGGAAGCUACCGCUGCCGAAGCUGCCACUGCCACCGAAGCUGCCAUUGAAGGCUUGAAGCUUUGUUUGUUGCCGGUAAGCCAGUAAAGCCUUGCAGCUGGGCACACACCACGGCACCAGUGAAUCAAACUCCACAGGAGAUAAUGAUGACGGAGGAAGAUGAUGAUUAUGUUGAGUACAUCCCAGUUGCAAAGAGGAGGGCAUUAGAAGCCCAGAAAAUAUUGCAACGGAAAGGUAAAUCUUCUACCCUGGAAGAAGAGGAAGCUGAAAAAUUGAAGCUUGUAGAAGCAAAGCCUAGUUUGCUAGUAAAGGCCUCACAGUUGAAAAAAGAACAACCUGAAAUUAGCCCUACUGAACAAAUGGUACAGCAGGAGAAAGAGAUGAUUGAGCAUCUCUCUGAUCGCAAAACUUUGAUGUCUGUUCGGGAGUUGGCUAAAGGGAUUACUUACACGGAACCAUUGUUUACGGGGUGGAAACCGCCGUUGAAUAUAAGGAGGCUGUCUAAGAAAGUGUGUGAUGCAAUAAGGAAGCAGUGGCAUAUUAUUGUGGAUGGCGAAGAUAUUCCUGCACCAAUUAAGAAUUUUAAGGAUAUGAGAUUUCCUGACCCGAUUUUGAAGAAGCUGAAAGCGAAGGGGAUUGUGCAACCAACCCCUAUUCAGGUUCAAGGUCUUCCUGUUAUAUUAGCAGGAAGGGAUAUGAUAGGCAUAGCAUUUACGGGUUCUGGUAAGACACUGGUGUUUGUUUUGCCACUGAUCAUGGUGGCACUUCAAGAAGAAAUAAUGAUGCCAAUUGCUCCUGGAGAAGGGCCAUUUGGUUUAAUUGUCUGUCCAUCACGAGAACUUGCAAGACAAACUUAUGAAGUUGUGGAGCAGUUUCUUGCACCCAUGAGGGAGUACGGUUAUCCAGAGUUAAGGCCAUUGCUUUGCAUUGGUGGAGUUGACAUGAAGUCUCAGUUGGAGGUUGUGAAGAAAGGAGUUCACAUUGUGGUUGCUACGCCAGGGAGACUCAAAGAUAUGCUUGCAAAGAAGAAAAUGAAUCUUGACAGUUGCAGGUAUUUAACAUUAGAUGAAGCAGAUAGGUUGGUGGAUUUGGGUUUUGAAGAUGACAUAAGAGAAGUCUUUGAUCACUUUAAAGCUCAGCGUCAAACUCUUUUGUUUUCUGCCACAAUGCCCACAAAGAUCCAAAAGUUUGCAAGAAGCGCAUUGGUUAAACCCGUUGUGGUUAAUGUGGGAAGGGCUGGAGCGGCAAACCUUGAUGUGAUUCAAGAGGUGGAGUAUGUUAAGCAAGAGGCAAAGAUUGUUUACCUCCUUGAGUGCUUGCAGAAGACACCUCCUCCUGUUCUGAUAUUCUGUGAGAAUAAAGCUGACGUUGAUGACAUUCACGAAUAUCUUCUGUUAAAGGGCGUUGAAGCAGUUGCAAUUCAUGGAGGAAAAGAUCAAGAAGAGAGAGAGUAUGCUAUCAAGUCCUUUAAAGAAGGCAAGAAAGAUGUGUUGGUUGCCACUGAUGUUGCCUCAAAGGGUUUGGACUUUCCAGAUAUUCAGCACGUGAUUAAUUACGACAUGCCAGCAGAAAUAGAAAAUUACGUUCACAGGAUUGGUCGUACUGGAAGAUGUGGGAAAACAGGAAUUGCAACGACAUUUAUCAACAAAAAUCAGAGUGAAACUACACUUCUAGAUUUGAAGCAUUUGCUACAGGAGGCAAAACAGAGAAUACCUCCAGUGCUGGCAGAAUUGAAUGAUCCAAUGGAGGAUGUUGAUGCAAUCACAAAUGCUAGUGGAGUCAAAGGCUGUGCUUACUGUGGCGGACUUGGUCAUCGGAUCCGUGAUUGUCCCAAGUUGGAACAUCAAAGGAGCACACAAAUAGCAAGUUCAAGAAGAGACUACUAUGGAUCUGGGGGCUAUCGCGGGGAAAUUUGAGUUUUUUCCUUUGGAUUGUGCCAAUGAGUUUGUAAAUGGAAACUGUUUGAAGGUAGAAUAUAUUUUGUUGUAGUUGUUAACGUAAUGAUGUAUCACAAUUUUCCUUCUCUUUUUUGCGAUUAAUAUUGUGGAAGCCCUAGACAUUGGUGCA